CGGACCCAAGUCUGCAGCGGCGCCAUUGGCGUGUGGAAAAUGCCACCAGAUGGCGGGUUAGGAUUGCAGCUCCGUUGAAGGCGCGGCCCCCGCUCCCGAACCCCCGGCGACCACCCCGUAACAACCCCCCCACAUCGGGAAUAACACACCGGAGACUUUUGGGGGGAAACUAGGUCGACGGCCGGCGGAGCCCGGAUGGGCAGCUGAGGAUUGCCUUUGAGGUUAUUUUUAAAGUUUUGAGUUGUACAGCACUUGGUUCUUUUGCUCUACUGUGGAAAGACCUCUCCAGCAAUGAUUACUUCAGAGUUACCAGUGUUACAGGAUUCAACUAAUGAAACCACUGCUCAUUCUGAUGCUGGCAGCGAACUUGAAGAAACAGAGGUCAAAGGAAAAAGAAAAAGGGGUCGUCCUGGUCGGCCUCCGUCUACAAAUAAGAAACCUCGAAAAUCUCCAGGAGAGAAAAGUAGAAUUGAAGCUGGAAUUAGAGGAACGGGCCGUGGAAGAGCUAAUGGGCACCCUCAACAGAAUGGUGAAGGGGAGCCUGUCACAUUAUUUGAAGUGGUGAAACUGGGGAAAAGUGCAAUGCAGUCUGUGGUGGAUGACUGGAUUGAAUCAUAUAAACAAGACAGGGACAUCGCACUUCUGGAUUUAAUCAACUUUUUUAUCCAGUGUUCAGGAUGUCGAGGUACUGUGAGAAUAGAGAUGUUUCGAAAUAUGCAGAAUGCAGAAAUCAUCAGAAAAAUGACUGAAGAAUUUGAUGAGGACAGUGGUGAUUAUCCCCUUACCAUGCCUGGACCUCAGUGGAAAAAAUUUCGUUCAAACUUUUGUGAGUUUAUUGGAGUCCUGAUUCGACAGUGUCAAUAUAGCAUAAUUUAUGAUGAGUAUAUGAUGGACACAGUAAUCUCCCUUUUGACUGGUUUGUCAGACUCCCAGGUCAGAGCUUUUAGGCAUACAAGCACCCUUGCUGCCAUGAAGCUCAUGACUGCUUUGGUGAAUGUUGCCUUAAACCUAAGUAUUCAUCAGGAUAAUACACAGAGACAGUAUGAAGCUGAAAGAAAUAAAAUGAUUGGGAAAAGAGCCAAUGAAAGAUUGGAGUUACUACUUCAGAAACGCAAAGAGCUACAAGAAAAUCAGGAUGAAAUUGAAAAUAUGAUGAACUCUAUUUUUAAGGGUAUAUUUGUUCAUAGAUAUCGUGAUGCUAUUGCUGAGAUUAGAGCCAUUUGUAUUGAAGAAAUUGGAGUAUGGAUGAAAAUGUAUAGUGAUGCCUUCCUAAAUGACAGUUACCUAAAAUAUGUGGGUUGGACUCUUCAUGACAGGCAAGGAGAAGUCAGGCUGAAGUGCUUGAAAGCUCUACAGAGUCUAUAUACCAAUAGAGAAUUAUUCCCCAAAUUGGAGCUAUUCACAAACCGAUUCAAGGAUCGCAUUGUAUCAAUGACACUUGAUAAGGAAUAUGAUGUUGCUGUGGAAGCUAUUCGAUUGGUUACUCUGAUACUUCAUGGAAGUGAAGAAGCUCUUUCCAAUGAAGACUGUGAAAAUGUUUACCAUUUGGUGUACUCAGCACAUCGCCCUGUUGCUGUGGCAGCUGGAGAAUUCCUUCACAAAAAGCUAUUUAGCCGACAUGACCCACAAGCAGAAGAAGCAUUAGCAAAGAGAAGGGGAAGGAACAGUCCGAAUGGCAAUCUCAUUAGGAUGCUGGUUCUUUUCUUUCUUGAAAGUGAGUUGCACGAGCAUGCAGCCUACUUGGUGGACAGUUUGUGGGAGAGCUCUCAAGAACUUUUGAAAGACUGGGAAUGUAUGACAGAGUUGCUAUUAGAAGAACCUGUUCAAGGAGAGGAAGCAAUGUCUGACCGUCAAGAGAGUGCUCUAAUAGAGCUAAUGGUUUGUACAAUUCGUCAAGCUGCUGAGGCACAUCCUCCUGUGGGAAGGGGUACUGGCAAGAGAGUGCUAACUGCCAAAGAGAGAAAAACUCAAAUAGAUGAUAGAAACAAAUUGACUGAGCAUUUUAUUAUCACACUUCCUAUGUUGUUAUCAAAGUAUUCUGCAGAUGCAGAGAAGGUAGCAAACUUGCUACAAAUCCCACAGUAUUUUGAUUUAGAAAUUUAUAGCACAGGUAGAAUGGAAAAGCAUCUGGAUGCUCUAUUAAAACAGAUUAAGUUUGUUGUGGAGAAACAUGUAGAAUCAGAUGUUCUAGAAGCCUGCAGUAAAACCUAUAGCAUCUUAUGCAGUGAAGAGUAUACCAUCCAGAACAGAGUUGACAUAGCUCGAAGCCAGCUGAUUGAUGAAUUUGUAGAUCGAUUCAAUCAUUCCGUGGAAGAUCUAUUGCAAGAGGGAGAAGAAGCUGAUGAUGAUGAUAUUUACAAUGUUCUUUCUACCUUGAAACGGUUAACCUCUUUUCACAAUGCUCAUGAUCUCACAAAAUGGGAUUUGUUUGGUAAUUGCUACAGAUUAUUGAAGACAGGAAUUGAACAUGGAGCUAUGCCAGAACAGAUAGUCGUACAGGCAUUGCAGUGUUCCCAUUACUCGAUUCUUUGGCAGUUGGUGAAAAUUACUGAUGGUUCUCCUUCCAAAGAGGAUUUGUUGGUAUUGAGGAAAACAGUGAAAUCUUUUCUGGCUGUUUGCCAACAGUGCCUAUCUAAUGUUAAUACUCCAGUGAAGGAACAGGCUUUCAUGUUACUCUGUGACCUUUUGAUGAUUUUUAGCCACCAAUUAAUGACAGGUGGCAGGGAGGGCCUUCAACCUUUGGUGUUUAAUCCAGAUACUGGACUCCAGUCUGAACUCCUCAGUUUUGUGAUGGAUCACGUUUUCAUUGACCAGGAUGAGGAGAACCAGAGCAUGGAGGGUGAUGAAGAAGAUGAAGCAAAUAAAAUUGAGGCCUUACAUAAAAGAAGGAAUCUACUUGCCGCCUUCAGCAAACUUAUCAUUUAUGAUAUUGUUGACAUGCAUGCAGCUGCAGACAUCUUUAAACACUACAUGAAGUAUUACAAUGACUAUGGUGAUAUUAUUAAAGAAACACUGAGUAAAACCAGACAGAUUGAUAAAAUUCAGUGUGCCAAGACCCUCAUUCUCAGUUUACAACAGCUGUUUAAUGAACUUGUCCAAGAGCAAGGUCCCAAUCUAGAUAGGACAUCUGCCCACGUCAGUGGCAUUAAAGAAUUGGCACGUCGCUUUGCCCUCACGUUUGGACUGGACCAAAUCAAGACACGAGAAGCAGUUGCCACACUUCACAAGGAUGGCAUAGAAUUUGCCUUUAAAUACCAAAAUCAGAAAGGACAAGAAUAUCCACCUCCUAAUCUGGCUUUCCUGGAAGUUUUAAGUGAAUUUUCUUCUAAACUUCUUCGACAGGACAAAAAGACUGUUCACUCAUACCUUGAAAAAUUCCUUACGGAGCAAAUGAUGGAAAGGAGGGAAGAUGUAUGGCUUCCGCUCAUCUCCUAUAGAAAUUCGUUAGUCACCGGAGGUGAAGAUGAUAGAAUGUCUGUGAACAGUGGAAGUAGCAGCAGCAAAACUUCCUCAGUAAGGAAUAAAAAAGGACGGCCCCCACUUCACAAGAAACGAGUAGAAGAUGAAAGUUUGGAUAAUACCUGGCUAAAUAGGACUGACACCAUGAUUCAGACUCCUGGACCCCUGCCAGCACCACAACUCACUUCUACUGUCCUGCGGGAGAAUAGCCGGCCCAUGGGAGAGCAGAUUCAGGAACCUGAGUCUGAACAUGGUUCUGAACCCGACUUUUUACACAAUCCUCAGAUGCAGAUCUCUUGGUUAGGCCAGCCAAAAUUAGAAGACUUAAAUCGGAAGGACAGAACAGGAAUGAACUACAUGAAAGUGAGAGCUGGAGUGAGGCAUGCCGUUCGGGGCCUAAUGGAGGAAGAUGCUGAGCCCAUCUUUGAAGAUGUGAUGAUGUCAUCCCGGAGCCAGUUAGAAGAUAUGAAUGAAGAAUUUGAAGACACCAUGGUUAUUGAUCUGCCCCCAUCAAGAAAUCGGCGAGAGAGAGCUGAGCUGAGGCCAGAUUUCUUUGAUUCUGCAGCUAUCAUAGAAGACGAUUCAGGAUUUGGAAUGCCUAUGUUCUGAAGUCUGGAGAAAACUUACGAAUCUGGAACUCUAUUAUUUAGAGCUAGAGGCCUAUAUACUGUGAUAGCUUGUAUGGGGAAAAACACUUUUGAUGUGGUCUGAUUUGUUUUUUAAUCAAAUGGUUGAGGUCAAUCCCCUUUUGCAGUGACAGAAGAGGAGCAUGUAAAUUACCCAAGGGAGUGUUGGUGAAUGUCACCUCCGAAAGACUGACCUGAAAAAUCAUUUGUGUCCUAACAUUGGACUUACCCAAAACAGAUGUGUUUUUUUCUGGAAGGAGGAAAACAUUUUAAAUUUUUAAAACAGUUGUCAAGAUAAACACUGUUAUACACCUGUUUUAUGAAAAUUCUGCAUUGAGUAAAAAAAUAUUUUUAACUUUAUUUUCCUGUUGUACAAUUUAAAAACCGUUUUAACAUUUUGCCUUUUUAUGUUUUAAAAGCUAACCAUUUUUAUUAAACCUAUGAGUAAGCAGCUCAUUUUAAUUGCUGAAGAGUGUUUUGGAGCUCACUGGAUUUGGUUGACUUUAUGGAAUACAGAAAUAUGGAGGAGCAGAAUAUUGACAAGCUAAGAUGAAAUUCUGACAGUGCAUCUCUGCCAAAAACCACACGCCCUCUAUGGAUAUGGAUUCCCAGAUUUUAUAUACUCUUGAAUAAAAAGGUUUAUUUUUAUUUAUAACGGGCAUAAAAUAAGAAAUGUCCACGCAGCCAUUUUUCCAACAGAUGCUGUACACCGUUCAUUUUAUAUAGAAUAGGGAUUCAAAUACAGUACAUUUUCUAUUGGUAUUUGUUCUGUGCAUUUUUAGCAACUUCUACCAGCAAAUAAAGUAUUCUCAGUAAAACAAAAA